CUGAUUCGAUGUUUGGAAAAUCGUCAUCGCGUUUGCCUUCGGUCUCACCUCUCACGGCAACCACAUCAUCACAAUGCAACGCUGGCGUGUGCGAGCCGGAAUAGGGGCUCAGGGGUAAGGGUCAGCACACACUCCCCUUUACUAAUCGGGCUCGAUGCAUCUACGGGUGCAACCAGCAUGGCAAUCAUGGAAAAUUCUUGACGCCAGUUGGUAGCAAACACGGGUGUCGCAGUGUCACUGUCAUCCCAUCCACGUAUCUGCUUAAACAUCACCCACCAGUAUAAGUUGACCUCUGAGCACGCCAUCAUCUACUAUCACCAUCAUCAAAGACAGUUCAAGACUGCUACAUCAUCGCCACCACCACCACCACAAUGCAUCUCCACCCAACCAUCCCGCUUGUCGUCUUCCUGGCUCGGGCCUCGGCCCAGGUUCACAGGAUGGAGUUCGCCGACUCCUCCUCCCCCUCCAUGCGCUCGCUGGCCGCCGAGUGCCCUGCAACAGCUGAGAUGCCCAAGUGCGCCAUCAGCUGCAUCGACACGGCCGCGUCCUCCAACGGCUGCCCAACCGCCUCCGACCUCACCUGCCAGUGCAACAACUGGGCCGCCAUCCAGCAAGCCGCCGCCCCCUGCGUCAUCGCCGCCUGCGCGGCAAAAGCCCCCGAUGUCCUCUCCGUCGCGAGCGAGAUCUGCUCCCAGUGCGCCGGCGUCCCGGUCGCCCAGACCAUGAACGGGGAGGCGAACUUGCAGUGGGCGGCUGCUCAGCCUACGGGGAAGGCGUCGGUUCGUCGUAGUCAGGAGGGCCAGCUUCGCGAUUGGGAGGAUCUCUGGGUGGAUGAGGAAGGGAAGGGGUGGGUGACCUUGCCGAGGAGGGCUGUCGUUGGUGCCGUGGCCAAGGAGACGGGACGGCCGGUGGUGCCGAGGGAGGUUUUGGAGCAAGACGGAGACAGGAAGAUGCUGGCCCGGGCUGACCGCAAGCCGUUGGGACCGAUCGACGUCAACUCCCUUGACCUUUCAGAAACGGGUCCCGAGCUCCCUGACUUUGGGUCUGGCAAGUCAACGGACCCUAAGGAGCCUGACUUUGGCACUGACGGGGCCCUCUCUUUCCACUCCGAGGGCCCGGAGCUUCCUGACUUCUGGUCGGACGAGUCCCAGGGCCCCGAGCUGCCCGGCUUUGGGUCUGAAAAGUCCAAGGGUCCCGAGCUGGCCGACUUUGGCGGCGAGCCCACUGAGCUUCACCCUUGCUGGCCAGCAGGCUACCGGGGCUCUGGAAGCUUGCGGUCAUGUGAUGAUUUGCCCGACCACGACGGUGACAGCCUUGGCGGAGCUGAGGAGAAGGAUUUCGACCGGACGAGAUCCCGCACGUGGAAGAGAAAGACUGAUCUUGUUUAUGAAAAGGAGGAGCAGGAGAGGUUGAGGCACUUGAAGGAUAUGAAGGAGCAGGAGAAGCAGGGUGAGCAGAUGAAGUGGACGUGGUAGAACGCAAACAGGAAUGCCUCCACUGAGGGAGGUGGGUGCAAGAAGGACUGAAAAGAAGGAUUUAGAUUGAUGAUGGUGAUGGUAUCAUUAAAUUCAUGCUGAUCGCUC